CAAAUUUGAAGGCACUCAAAAUACCAACAACAGAGCUUGUGGCGAAGCAUUGUCGUUGAGCAAUGAUCUGAGAAGUCUACCAUACAGUGCGAAUGGUAGACAAUAAAGAAUUUUGGGGCUGCCAAGUAACCAUCUCACCGAUUUGCAAGAAGAAUUUGGAAUAUGAUUUUUUUGUCUACCAGUCAAUGCUUUCGGAAAUAUGCGGUGCGUUCCUUCGGAUCGGCGAGAACUGUUCCUUUUACGACGAGAUCUACCGAUCAUGGGUUUAUAACGACGUCGGUGGGUGUAAAAAGAACGAGGGAAAGCACGUCCAUCUUGGGGAACUCACUUCGACAUCCAAURCCGCGUCUCUGCGAUCCAAUCAAUAAUUCGUUUUCUACUCAUCGCCGCGCUGUAGAAAUAGUGGAGAGCCACGACACAGGGGAAGAGGAUCACCACCACGUCCAAGAUGAGCGGCAGCAAAACAAUGAGUACAAAUUCAUGACGGGUCCAAAUCCAGGCUUAGCGUCAGUAAUCUSUCAGGGACUUAAAUCCUUGGACCAGACAGCGGAAGACAUACGAUACAAAACACGCAAUGAUACUCUGUCGCGAGCGCACAAGAAACCAUCCUUUCGAAACGGACGCGCAGCGGAGAUGGAUCCACGUCAACUCGCCGAGGGGCAAAGGAUUUUAGAUGUGGCCUUGGAUUGUCUCGAACAGCUCGCCCUGAAGGAGGAGCAAAACAAAACGCGCCAGCAACGAGGCGGUGGUGGUAGCAACGGAUUGGUGUUGUUCGGAGAACCCAUAGUGUUGCUGGAAUGCGAGGUCAAUCGGAAUGUUCGACAGGCCAAGAUUUAUUGGACCUUGCCCUAUGGAAUAUUGCUGGACAAUAGAAUCAAUCAGGGUCUCUAUCAAGAAAUCAUGGUCAAGGUGCAAAGACAGUUGGUCGAAAAUGGAGGAGCGAAACUCUUGGCACGAGACGUGCACACCCGGCUGUCCCACUACUAUCCACCGAGGAUCAAACUAUUUCCAGCCACCGAUGAAAUGGUGCAAAAGGCUAUUGAAGAGUUCAUGAUGUAGUGUUGUAUGCAAUGCACUGUAUUGGGAAGGUGAGCAGACCUAAAGCAGCUCAGCAACCCCCAUCGAACAAGAACACGAAAGAACAGAUCAAGUACCACGAUUUAUCGAUACAACUGAUAGCCCUUAGAAGAUUGAAAUCUUGUGCUUCCAAACACAAAGAGCCUGUAGAUUAAGAAGUAGAGYACACAGCGUGUAGAUUGUCACUCUGAACCAAGAGAGGAUUACAGGUACUUCUAUGACAUCUCACUAUGAUGYACGACUUCAUAGAAAGCGCGAUUGUCUUUUCAAGGCAGAGGUUUUGCAACUCGUAUCCACAUCCCAUUAGAAAGAACAGAAGGAAAUUACCCUCGAAAUUAUAUUGCCACUCCCAAUAAAACCCRAAAGCUUCAAAUGAAUCAAAAAUGGCUGUGAGUCUAUUUCGUGAUUCUCUGCAGUUGUGAUUCGGCUUCUCUACCACCGCACCCCCCCUAGGAUUAGUCAUAGUCGAAAUGGACCGACUCUGACGAUUGCACCUCAUGCAAAGCGAUGUCGUCUUGCGUCAAUUUGCUACCAUUGAAACUAUUCCAACAUUUAAAACUCCCGUACGUUCUAUCGGAAAUCGAUUCUGUAAGCCACUGCCAUGACAGGUUUGCUUCGAACAUCAUCUCAGAUUCGGUAAGCACUCGCCAAACCAUSUUUGAAACAUACAUACUGUAAUUAUAAUGACAGCUCGUAUGAGUUGAUWUCAUGAUUUCGCGUAUUUCUCUUGUGGUUCAUAUAUCAGUGGAGUUCUCAGAACGAUCAUCAUUYUUGUUACAGUUGUUGCAGAUCAAAUUUUAACAUUAACUAUUGAUCAAUUUAGCUAUACAAUUUUAUCAAGUCGAUAUACAAUACCAUGGAGAAGUGAUUGUAAAAAUAAUUAGUAUAAUCACUGUUAUGUGUUCGUUCUCUUUCCUGUUGUUACGUACAGUACGUGCGGUGUGUUAUGUUAUGUUUCGUCUACAUUCUUAGCAGCAGCCCUUCCUGCCUCCUGGUCCAGACUUUUGGUUUAGUUGAACAUUGCUGGCUUUUUGAGAAGGUCCUCCUUGUCCCUCUGCGACGAGUCUAUCCUUCACACCUCUACCAAUUCCGAUGAAAGACUCGUCGACAUUGAUGUUAUUCUUGGCGGAGCAUUCCCAAAAGGGCAUGUUAAAUUCCUUUGCAAGCUUUUCUCCUUCUUCUGUGGAGACAACCUUUUCGUCCAGCAUAUCACAUUUAUUUCCUACAAGGAUCUUGUUGACGUGAACAUCCGCAUGUUGCUGGAUCUGUGAAAUCCAAUUGCGAAUAGAUUCGAAGGAACGACGGUCUGUGACGUCGUACACGAGGAGAAUACCCUGGGCACCUCGGAAGUAAGAGGUCGUGAUCGUUCGGAAACGUUCUUGCCCAGCCGUAUCCCAAAUUUGAAGCUUGAUCUUUGUGCCGUCGAUGUCAAUGUUCUUGAUCUUGAAAUCGAUUCCGAUGGUGGUGAUGAAGGUGGGACUGAAUGAGUCGUUUGCGUAACGGAGCAACAAACAAGUCUUGCCGACUCCGGAGUCUCCGAUCAUCAAUAAUUUGAUCUGGAUAUC